AUGACAACAAGUACGGAACACCAAAAUGGUUCUGUUGGAACGACUACUGCUGCAAUGGCUACGACGUCUUCAAGUCGCACAAUGCUUGGACCGGCGAUGGCACCGGCAGAAAAGCCCGGAAAAUUUUUCGGCAUGAACUUCAAACGCUGGCAGCAGAAAAUGUUCUUCUACCUGACCACUCUCAGUCUGCAGUGCUUUAUUAGCGAGGACGUUCCAGUCUUGGGAGAAGAGACUCCGGAUAAUGAGCGAUUUGUGGUCAUUGUCAUGGAGACUUCGAAAGAGUUGUGGAACGCUCUUGAAAAGAAGUACAAAACGGAAGACGCUGGACUAAAGAAAUUUGUUGUCGCAAAAUUCUUGAACUUUAAUAUGGUUGACAGUGAGUCUGCCAUAACUCAAGUUCAAGAAUUACAAGUCAUCGUUCAUGACCUCCUUGCCGAAGGUAUGGUCAUAAAUGAAGCGUUUCAAGCUGCGGCAUUUAUUAAAAAUUUGCCUCCGAUGUGUAAGGACUUUAAGAAUUACUUGAAAUAUAAGCGCAAGGACAUGACAAUUGAAGACCUUACUGUUCGCCUAAGGAUUGAAGAGAACAACAAGGCUGCAGAAAAGAAGUCUUGUGGAAAUUCAACAAUUAUGGGUGCAAAUAUUAUUGAGGAAGCUUCAACGAACAAGGCUGCUGAAUGUCGUGCACCAAAGAAGGACAAGAAGAAAAGUCAAGCUAACAUGAUUGAGAAGAAUGAUGAAAUAGACGAUUUAUGUGUCAUGCUUUCAGAAUGCAACCUAGUCGGAAAUCCUAGAGAAUGGUGGAUAGAUUCGGGGGCAACUCGUGAUGUUUGUGCUAACAAGGAGUUGUUUACUUAUUAUGCUCCCGCUGGACCCAACGAGACAGUUUUAUGGCAAAUUCCGUUACUGCAAAAAUUGAAGGAACGGGCAAUAUAG